AUGGCUGCUUCACAAUCACAAAUUAAGUUCAGAUCCAUUAGCCUGCCCUCAAGGCUACACCCCAUAAACUCCACAGAAUUUGAAUCCAAGCUACAAAAGAUCAACUCUUGUUCUUCCGAAAAUGCCCCCAUCACCUCGGAGACCAUUCGAUCUGGCCUUUUGGGCCUUGCCGAACUUUACAACUCGAUCGACAGACUCGCACAACACAACAAAGAUCCGAAAUCGAUAGACGACUUGCUGGACAGCUCGGUCCACUUGCUGGAUUCUUGCAACACCAUUAGGGAGUUGGUUCAGAUGAUCCGGGAAAGCGUACGUGCCCUCCAAUCCGCCUUGCGCCGCAAGGGUCUUGCGUGCCCCGCCAUGCAAGACGACGUAAGUUCCUAUUUCUGUUCAAGAAAAAAGAUGAACAAGUGCAUAGACAAGGGCCUCAAGGCACUCAAGAGUUUGGAAAAUAAAAACGGAUCGAAGGUUGUUUCGACGAGCGAUUGGGCGACGAUCAACGUCUUCAAGAGCACUUUGGUUUUCUUGUCCAUGCCGGUUGGAAAAUCGUGCGGCUGGAAUUUGAUCUCCAGGCUAAUGAUCACAAAAUCUGUGGACAGGGAUCAACUAGGUGUUAUUAGUGAGGUUGGGUUAGUGGAUACUGUGUUGUGUGGGCUUAGAAAUGGGGAUUCGAAGGCUAUUGAUGUGAAAAUGGUGCAGAAGAGUUUACAAAAUCUUGAUGAUUGUAUUGAAGGGAUUGAGGCAGCUCUGCAGAGAUUGUUUAGGCAAUUGUUGCAAAAUAGAGUCACCCUUCUUAACAUUGUUACAAAUCAUUGA